CUAUCUCACUUUUAAAGCCAUGAGCCGCCUUUGCUGGGGGCUUCUCUUCAGCUGCCUGGGCUGUGGAAUCCUGCCUGGAGCCUGGGCUCAGUUUCCCCGGGUCUGCAUGACGGUGGACAGCCUGGUGAACAAGGAGUGUUGUCCGCCACUGGGCAGGGAGCCGGGCAACAUCUGUGGCUCUCAGGAGGGCCGGGGGCAGUGCACAGAGGUGCAAACUGACACCAGGUCCUGGAGUGGGCCUUACGUCCUGCGAAACCAGGAUGACCGCGAGCGCUGGCCGAGAAAAUUCUUCAACCGGACCUGCAGGUGCACAGGAAACUUCGCGGGCUAUCACUGUGGAGACUGCAAGUUUGGCUGGACCGGGCCCAGCUGUGAUCGGAAGAAACCACCUGUCACACGGCAGAAUAUCCAUUCCUUGACUUCUCAGGAGAGGGAGCAGUUCCUGGCGGCCUUGGACGUGGCAAAGAAGAGCGUCCACCCCGACUACGUGAUCACCACGCAACACUGGCUGGGCCUGCUCGGGCCCAAUCGGACCCAGCCUCAGAUCGCCAACUGCAGCAUUUAUGAUUUCUUUGUGUGGCUCCAUUACUAUUCUGUUAGAGACACAUUAUUAGGACCAGGGAACCCCUACAAGGCCAUAGAUUUCUCGCACCAAGGACCUGCCUUUGUUACCUGGCACCGGUACCACUUGUUGUGGCUGGAAAGAGAUCUCCAGCGGCUCAUUGGUAAUGAGUCCUUUGCUUUGCCCUACUGGAACUUUGCCACUGGGAGGAACGAGUGUGACGUGUGUACAGACCAGCUGUUCGGGGCAGCAAGACUAGAUGACCCGACUCUAAUUAGUCAGAACUCAAGGUUCUCCAGCUGGGAAAUCGUCUGUGAUAGCUUGAAUGACUAUAACCGCCGGGUCACCCUGUGCAAUGGAACCCAUGAAGGUUUGUUGAGAAGAAAUCAAGUGGGAAGAAAUAGUGAGAAAUUGCCAACCUUACAAGACAUACAAGAUUGUCUGUCCCUCCAGAAGUUUGACAAUCCUCCUUUCUUCCAGAAUUCUACCUUCAGCUUCAGGAAUGCCCUGGAAGGAUUUGAUAAAGCGGACGGAACCCUGGACUCUCAAGUGAUGAAUCUUCAUAAUUUGGUUCAUGCCUUCCUGAAUGGGACAAACGCUUUACCACAUUCAGCUGCCAAUGACCCUAUUUUUGUGGUCCUUCAUGCCUUUACCGAUGCCAUCUUUGAUGAGUGGAUGAAAAGAUACAAUCCUCCUGCAGAUGCCUGGCCUCAGGAACUGGCACCCAUUGGUCAUAAUCGGAUGUAUAAUAUGGUUCCUUUCUUCCCUCCGGUGACAAACGAGGAGCUCUUUUUAACCGCAGACCAACUCGGCUACAGCUAUGCCAUUGAUCUGCCUGUUUCAGUUGAAGAAACUCCAGGCUGGCCCACAGCCCUCUCUGUGGUCAUGGGAGUGCUGGUGGCUUUGGUUGGUCUUUUUGUGCUGCUAGCUUUCCUUCAAUACAGAAGACUUCGAAAAGGAUAUACACCCCUCAUAGAGGCACAUCUAAGCAGCAGGAGGUACACAGAGGAUGCCUAG